CCGGAAGCAGAAUGCUCACGUCACGUUGCCACUUCCGGUUCUGUUCAGUAGCUGGGGUGCAGGCGGAUGUUUAUGAAGCCGCGAUGGCCGGAACAGCGUUAAAGAGACUAAUGGCGGAAUAUAAACAACUCACUCUGAAUCCUCCUGAAGGCAUCGUCGCAGGUCCUGUGAAUGAAGAGAACUUCUUCGAGUGGGAAGCUUUGAUCAUGGGACCAGAGGACACGUGUUUUGAGGGUGGUGUGUUUCCGGCUCUUCUCAGUUUCCCCUCUGAUUAUCCACUCAGUCCUCCAAAGAUGAAGUUCACCUGCGACAUGUUUCACCCCAACAUUUACCCAGAUGGCCGUGUGUGUAUCUCGAUCCUUCACGCCCCCGGUGAUGACCCAAUGGGGUAUGAGAGCAGUGCGGAGAGGUGGAGUCCUGUACAGAGUGUGGAGAAAAUCCUACUGAGUGUCAUCAGCAUGCUCGCAGAGCCGAAUGAUGAGAGCGGCGCAAACGUCGACGCCUCUAAGAUGUGGAGAGAGGACAGAGAGCAGUUCAACAGACUUGCAAAGAAGAUUGUCCGCAAAUCACUCGGGCUCUAAAACACACACACACACACACACCUACACACACACACACCUACACACACACACACACACACACACACACACACACCUACACACACACACACUGAGCACUUUAUCUGAGCCGAGCUUCUCUCCUCCUUCACUGAACUGAUGGACAGAUGUAGAAAUGAAAGAGCUCCUCCUUCAGGUAUUCUUCAGCUCUGGUCCUCAUCUCUGAUGAAGAUGGAGUGAUGCAGGAGGGAUGAGGAUGGAGAGAUGAGGAAGGACUGAUGAGGAUGGAGAGACAGAAAGAAGACGACAGGGGACGCAGUAUUUCUGUCUUUAGAUGUACAUUUGUUUUUCUCAGCGUGUGACAUAAAGGUUUAGUUUAAUUCUGCCUUAGAUACCCCUGAAGGAUCGUGGGUAAUGAGAGAGGCUGAGGGAUCGUGGGUAAUGAGAGAGGCUGAGGGAUCGUGGGUAAUGAGAGGCUGAGGGAUCGUGGGUAAUGAGUUACAGUUUAAUCAGUAGUUUGUCUGGACUUUAAGGUUUUUGUUGAUUUGUUCCUCUGCAGUGAUGAUAUGCACCAAUAAAACCACCUGAACCAU